UUAUCUUAUUGAAAUAUAGGAUAAUAUAGUCUUUAUCAAUCAUCAAGCACAUUAUAAGUUUCCAUUUUAAUAGGAUUUGUACCUCAAUUGAGGUUAUACAGUUUUAAAGUUUUUAAAGUGAAAGCCAGCCCCGCCCCUCUCCUGGAGUGGGCGGGGACAGCAGUUGCAUGGCGGCUUUCCUUGUGACACCACAGGUCCUUCAUGACACGCUGCUGUCUGGCCACGCCUCCUUUCCCUUGCAUCUUAUUGACCAAUGAGCUUGAAGCAUUAAGGCCACGCCCCUAUUCUGCAUUCUACUGUGGCCCUGGUUAUGCCUCCUCUGGCUCAGUCACACAGCUACGUGGCAGGUGACUGGAGGUGUAUAGUUGUCCUCGCCUGGACUGUGCUGAUGUGGCCCCAACCCCACUGCCCUACCCAUCCCAUGAUGUCCGAAGAAACCCUACAGAAAAAAUCGGCUAAGGCCAAGGAAAAGUUGAGAGACUACCAUCCCCAGGCCAACCCUAGUGUUGGUACAGGAGCAAGCGACACCAAAAAGAAGAACAUAAAUAAUGGUGCUAACCCUGAGACAACCACUUCUGGUGGUUGCCACUCACCUGAGGAUGAAAAGAAGGCAAGCCACCAACAUCAGGAAGCCCUAAGGAGGGAGCUAGAGGCCCAGGUUCAUACCAUACGAAUCCUUACAUGUGAGAAAACGGAGCUUCAGACGGCACUCUAUUACAGCCAGCGUGCUGUCCAGCAGUUGGAAGGAGAGUCCAGGCAUCUGGUCAGCCGCCUGCAUGAUUCAUGGAACUUUGCAAGAGAUUUAGAGCGGGAUCUCUCUGCUGUUGCUACACAGAAGAAGAAGGCUGACAGGUACAUCGAGGAGUUAACAAAGGAGAGGGACGCCCUGAGUCUGGAACUGUACAGGAACACCAUAACCGAUGAUGAGCUGAAGGAGAAAAAUGCCGAACUACAAGAAAAACUUCGACUUGUAGAAUCUGAGAAGUCUGAGAUCCAGCUCAAUGUAAAGGAGCUAGAAAGGAAGCUGGAGAAGGCCAAGCUCCUGCUGCCACAGCAGCAGCUGCAGGAGGAGGCUGACCACCUGGGUAAGGAGCUUCAGAGUGUGUCAGCGAAGCUCCAAGCCCAGGUGGAAGAGAACAAGUUGUGGAACCGCCUGUACCAGCAACAGGAAGAGAAGAUGUGGAGGCAGCAAGAGAAGAUACACGAGCAGGAGGAGAAGAUACGGGAGCAGGAGGAGAAGAGGCAGGAGCAGGAGAAGGAGAUGUGGAAGCAGGAGGAAAAGAUAAAGGAGCAGGAGGAGAAGAUACGGGAGCAAGAAGAGAAGAGGUGGGAGCAGGAGGAGAAGAUGUGGAGGCAGGAGAAGAAGAUACGGGAGCAGGAGGAGAAGAUGCACAAUCAGGAGGAGAAGAUAAGGGAGCAGGAGAAGAAGAUGCACAAGCAGGAGGAGAAGAUACCAGAGCAGAAGAAGAAGAGGCAAGAGCAGGAGGACAAGAUAUGGAGGCAGGAGAAGAAGAUACGGGAGCAGGAGGAGAAGAUGCACAAUCAGGAGGAGAAGAUACGGGAGCAGGAGGAGAAGAUGCACAAGCAGGAGGAGAAGAUACGGGAGCAGGAGGAGAAGAUGCACAAGCAGGAGGAGAAGAUACGGGAGCAGGAGGAGAAGAUGCACAAUCAGGAGGAGAAGAUACGGGAGCAGGCGGAGAAGAUGCACAAUCAGGAGGAGAAGAUAAGGGAGCAGGAGAAGAAGAUGCACAAGCAGGAGGAGAAGAUACCAGAGCAGAAGAAGAAGAGGCAAGAGCAGGAGGACAAGAUAUGGAGGCAGGAGAAGAAGAUACGGGAGCAGGAGGAGAAGAUGCACAAUCAGGAGGAGAAGAUACGGGAGCAGGAGGAGAAGAUGCACAAGCAGGAGGAGAAGAUACGGGAGCAGGCGGAGAAGAUGCACAAUCAGGAGGAGAAGAUACGGGAGCAGGUGGAGAAUAUGCAUGAGCAGAAGGAGAAGAUACGGGAGCAGGAGGAGAAGAUGCACAAGCAGGAGGAAAAGAUACGGGAGCAGGAGAAGAAGAGGCAGGAGCAAGAAGAGAAGAUGUGGAGGCAGGAGGAGAAGAUACGGGAGCAGAAGGAGAUAAUACGGGAGCAGGAUGAGAUAAUGCGGAAGCAGGAGGAGAAGAUGUGUGAGCAGGAGGAGAAGCUGGGGGAGAAGGAGGAUAUGCUGUGGGAGCAGGAGGAGAAGAUGUGUGAGCAGGAGGAGAAGUUGGGGGAGAAGGAGGAUAUGCUGUGGGAGCAGGAGAAGAAGAUGUGUGAGCAGGAGGAGAAGCUGUGGGAGAAGGAGAAGAUGGUGCGGGAGCAGGAAGAAAAGCUGUGGGAGCAGGAGAAGAAGAUGGGGGAGCAGGAGGAAAAGAUGUGGAGGCAAGAGAAGCAGCUAGGGGAGCAGGAGGAGAAGAUGUGCAGGCAGGAGGCGAUGAUGCGGGAGCAGGAGAAGAAGAUGUGGGAGCAGGAGGAGAAGAUGUGGAAGCAGGAGGAGAUGAUAUAGGAGAAGGAGCAAAAGAUACGUGAGCAGGAGGAGAAGAUGUGGAGGCAGGAGGAGAAGAUGCGGGAGAAGGAGGAGAAGAUGCAGAGGCAGGAGGAGAAGAUGCGGGAGCAGGAAAUGAGGCUGUGGCAGCAGGAGGAGAAGAUGCAGAAGCAGGAGGAGCACCUGGAAGCUGCCAUCUACCGAGCACGUGACAAGAAGGCAAAAACAAGAAACAUGUAAAAGCCGGCAGCAAGGCCUGGAGAAGAGUCAGCCGCCGUGUGACUGUUUAGAAUAUAGUCUGAGCACAAACCUGAAAAAAAAAAAAAAAAAAGAAAAUUAAUUUAUUUUAAA